AAUUAUUUCCUGAUUUUGAAUUAUUCGAAAUAAGUCUUCUUCUAUUCAAUUUCAAGGGUUUACGUGUAACUGUAAAUUGAUUAUUGCGAUCAUCUGUUUUUUUCCCGAAAAUAUGUCAGACACAUAUAAAAAUGUCAGGGUUCUUAGUAGAAACGGGACAAAUUAACUAAAAUAAAUUGGCAAUCAGCUAUUAUUGGGCUUCUUGUUUGUUUCAUUUCAAUUUUUAUUUUAUAAUAACUCUAAGUUUAUGAAUAUGCUAUUAUGAAUGCCUAAAUUCAAUUACCUACUCCUGCAGAUUUCUCGGCCACAAUUUCCAAUGAAGCAUGUAUCUCUCGAGAUUUCAAACUGAAAAUUUUUGGUUUUUUAGCAUCUUAUUUUUCCAAUUGAGUUAUAUCAAUAAUUUCAUUUUUGUGCAAUGUCCGAAUUGAAUAUUUAAGUCUACUGAUGAUUCUCUUCAGUUACAUUUGAAAUUCUUCUUCUUUUGUUGUUAUUCCUCGAGCCUUAUAUUCUGUGGUCCCAAAUUUAUAUACCAAUGUUCGAUAGGUUUGCUUAUCAUUCUUGUCCUGACUUCCAACGGAGAACCUAGUCUGUUGUUAAGUGACGGUUAAUUUGGUUUUACUCUAGUGACUGCUAAAACUGUUAUUACCAGUGCUGAAACAUUUGUUUGCCACAGUCCUGUAUAUCAACACAAAUCCUGCCACUAUGAUUGCUGAUGAAGAAUAUUUAGAUGAUAAUGUGGCUCAAACUAUUAUGAAAAGCAUAAGGAAUGCCAUGAAAUGCUGCUGUUGUGGAAAGACCAUGGAACUACCAAUAUGGACUUGUUUGUCUGGCCACAAUAUAUGUUCCAAAUGCACUAAAUCGAACGAAGUAUGUCCGCAAUGUUUCGGUAAUACCAAGGAACGUUUGAGGAAUUUCGAAUUAGAAAAAAUCUAUAAUAUCUGCAUAGGUAAAAGUCCAACAUUCUUUGAAGAAGAAUAGAAGAGAGGGUUUAAUUCCAUGUUAUCACUGAGGCUGACAAGGAGCAAGUUAAAACUGUGAUUAAUUUUCUGUGAAUACCACUAUUUAUAGAAAAGAUUCAUUUUAUACAUACGUAUAAUGAAAGAAAUGUAUUUAAUAUUUCAAAAUAUAAAGUUUCGAGUAACUCCAACCAUUUAUCACUAGUUAAUCCCAAUGAAUAAAAAAAUUACAGGAACAUAGGAAAGUAAAAUUAUACUUUUGAUGAAAUUGAUCAGGUAAAAUGGCUCAGGUGUAACAAACAAUCUAAAGUUAGAAAGUUGGAUCAAAAUUCAUGGUAUAUCCAAAAAUGUUGUGUUCAACGAAGGAGAAGAGAAAAAUAAUACAAGCUCUUUAAAAAUUAUUGUAAUGUUGCAGUGGUUCCCGGAAUAUUUUCAGAUUUCAAUAAUAUUUACGGUUUGAACACAGAAAGAUAAACAAAAUAAAAAAGAUGAUAAUAAACAAACGGCUUAUUAUGCCUUCAUAUCGAGGAGAAAAUAAUUAUAAAAAUUAUUUCAGAUAUACUUAGAGCACCCUGUUCAAAUGAAUCUAGACCGCAAACAUUAGCUGGAGGAAACCAUAUAAAGGACACAGACACAUUUGAUUUAUUGAAACAAUAAUUUCCUGGAUGAAUAAUCUCCAGAAACGCUGAUGUCAAUUGGCAACCAAGAUCAUGUGAUUUGACACCGUUGGACUUUUUUCUUUGGGGGUUAUGUGAGAAGCCAGGUCUAUAAGAAUAAUCCACAAUCGAUUCCUGAACUAAAGAAUAAAAUAAUUCGUGUCAUAAGUGAGUUAGAGCCUUGAUUAUGUCAAAAUUUCAUUGAAAAUUUAAACAAAGGAGUAGACGUCCGUAGAGCUGCAAGAGGAGGCCAUUUGGCAGCUUUAUUUUCCGUACAUAAAUGUCAUAACUGAUACUUCAAUUACCAAUAAACAUUUCUGGAAAACGAUUGCAAAUUAUGUGUUUUAUUUAUUUAAAAAAAAAACCGCGUAAUUUGAAACACCCUUUAUAUAUAGUUUCGGCUAGUAUAGCCGAAACUAUAAAUCAACAAAUGUGACAAGAUCUUGUGCUUCUUUGCCUAAUAAAAAUUUAUACCAAAAAUGCUAAAAUAAAUUGUUUUUUCUCCUUGACUUUCACGAGAGUAUAGUGUUCCAUGUGUGUAAUUUUUUUCUGUUUAUAACUCCUUAAUACGAUCCUGCUUCCUUUUUUUUUACAAUGAAUAUAAAAAAAAACGAAUACUCAAACUGUUUUUCCUUUCAAUGAAUGUCUCAAUCAUUGUUUGCUUGGUGUUUGUGAUGAUCACCUUAAUGCCUCAAUUUUUCGUAUAUUUCUUAUUACUUCUUAUUUUUAUCAUAUUCGGAAUCAUCUUCAUUAAAAAUGUUUUCAUGGCUCGUAGAUCAUCUGACUGCAGAAAAAGGAAUUCUUCACACUGGUUUAAUUUGAAAAAUUAUGAAUAUUUAAAGAACUUAUUUUGGAGUCGUGGAAUUUGUGAAAUUCUUCAUU